AUGGACAGUGCCGACGUUGAAGCUACUAAAAUGUACAUUACGUACAACAACAUCCACCAGUUGUGUCAGGAGACCUCUGAGAAGAUUAAGCAGUUCAAGCCUGACUUGAUCAUCGCAAUCGGCGGUGGUGGUUUCAUCCCAGCCCGUAUGUUGAGAACUUUCUUGAAGGAGCCUGGCCAGCCAAACAUUAGAAUCAUGGCCAUCAUCUUGUCUCUUUACGAGGACAUCGAGACCGUUGGUACUCAAGCUGAGCAAGUCGGUACCCAGGUUGUGAGAACUCAGUGGAUUGACUACGCCCAGUCUAAGGUUGACUUGGUCAACAAGAACGUUUUGAUCAUUGAUGAGGUCGAUGACACUAGAACUACUUUGCAUUACGCCGUCUCUGAGUUGAAGAAGGACGUUGCCGAGCAGGCCCAGGCCAAGGGUGCUAACCCCGACGACACCAAGUUCGGUAUCUUUGUUCUCCACGACAAGGACAAGACCAAGAAGGCUAGCUUGCCUGAUGAGAUCAUGAAGACCGGCAACUACUUUGCUGCCAGAACCGUCCCUGAUGUCUGGAUUGCAUACCCAUGGGAGUCUGAUGACAUUGUCUACCACAGUAAGAGAGCUAUCGAGCAGGGUAACGAUGUUUUCCUCCCUUCCACCACUGAACAAUAA